AUGGCGUUCUCCAAGCCCCUGGCGGCUCUCCUCCUCGCCGUGGCGCUGGCAGCGACUGCCAUGUCCGCCGCCGGUCAGGAUCCCCAAAACUGCAAGCCGAGCCGCAAGGUGACGGUGCAGAACCUGUGCGGCAAGGACCUCUACCUCGGUAUCGAGCCGCUGGCCAACAGCAAGCUCCUCUACAGCCCUGGCUUCCUGCUCCGCCACGGCACCCACGUGUCGUACGACGUGUGCUCGUGGACGGGGCGCGUGAAGGUGCAGGACGCCGUGGUGACGGAGUUCCACAUCGGGUACGACGGCGGGGCGUGGUACCAGGUGAGCACCGCCCAGUCGCACAUGCCCAUCCGUGUCUCCAUCACCCCCCACGGCCACCCCCUGAAAGACCACUGCCCCACCGCCGGCUGCAACAGCGGCGGCCACUGCUUCGAGCACUCCGUCCCCGGCGGCAAGUGCCACGGCGUCGACGAGAUCAAGAUCGUCUUCUACAACCCCUAG